UUUAUGUAGCCAAACAGCUCUUUUGUCGACAAUGCAAGGAGGCACUUGCUCUGAUAAACAUUACAUCAGAAAAAAAUAUGGGGUAUGCAAGCCAUUUGUUUAUACAAUGUGAAUGCGGGCAAGUUAAUAAGAUUGAGACCAGUGAAACACAUGUACAUGGAAAACGUGGCCCACAGGUGUAUGAUGUAAACACAAAAGCAGCAUUAGCAAUGAUAGAUGUUGGCAUAGGUGUUCGUCAGCUUUCCAGACUUAUGACAAUAAUGGGUGUCCCUGGUAGUUCUGAAAGAACGAUGAAGAAGAGAGAACGCGAGCUGUUUAAACCAAUGGUAGAUGUAGCACGAGAUUCAUGUCAUGAAGCAAUUACAAAGGAAUGUUCAGAAACAAGAAUUGCAACUCCAGGAAAAGGAUUGUCAGUAAAGUAUGAUAUGUGUUGGCAGAAGCGGGGAUCAGGUCGCUCGUACAGUAGUUCGUCGGGCGUUGGAACAGCAAUUGGUCAGCUUACUGGGAAAAUAUUAGAUUAUGACCUUCGUGUUACACAUUGCGCCAUAUGUCACAGUGCUGAGAAAGCCAAAUUAGACGCAAAACCACACAACUGUCAAAAGAAUUGGUCAAAAAGCGCAAAAGCCAUGGAAUCGUCAACAGGAGCAUCACUGAUGGAAAAUAUUGAAGAAGUUUCUGGGGUUCCUGUUGAUGUGCUUAUUAUGGAUGAUGAUUCAGCUACUUUGUCUAGGGUAAAAGAAGCUUUGGACCACGAGGUAAAAAAAUGGAGCGAUAUCAACCAUUCAACAAAAUCACUCGGUAAUGCUUUUUAUAAUUUGAAAUCUAAACACAAAACACUGAGUACAGAUAUCAUAGAAUAUUACAAAAUGUGUUUUUCAUAUGCUAUUCAACAGAAUAAAAACAAUGCAACUAAGCUCAAAGAAACAUUAACAGCAAUUGUUCCACAUUCAUUUGGUAUUCAUGACAAAUGUGGCAAUUGGUGCAAUAAAAGCAUUGAAAAUAAUUUUCAUAAAUAUCUCCCUCAUGGUAAACCGCUAACGGAUGAUGCUUUACGACAAGACGUCCAAAUCAUAUUUGACACAGUCGCUAACAAUGCUGAACGUCUAGCACCGGCUGGAUCAACAAAGGAUGUUGAAUCUACAAACAAUAUAUAUGCAUCUAAAGCACCUAAACGGUUUUGUUUCAGUAAAAGCGAAAAUCUGAAAACACGGGUGAGCGCUGCAGUGUUGCAAAAAAAUAUAGGGGAAAAUAUAUAA